UAAUUUACGACUUUAGAUUCUAAAGUCUUAAACCAUUGCUUAGCGGAAUACAGAGAAUAGGACGACGCCCGACUCGCAGGCAGCUAUGAGUACCCUGAAGUUCUGUCGCGAAUGCGAUAACAUACUCCACCCUAAGGAAGAUAGGGAGCGCAGGAUCUUACUCUACGUCUGCGGUAACUGCGAUCACCAGGAAGAGGCUGAUGACUACUGUGUCUAUAAAUGUGAGCUUAAUCAUUCAAAUGGUGAGCACAAUCAAAUUCUACAGGAUGUAGCAGUGGAUCCCACUCUUCCUCGUACAAGAUCUGUUCGAUGUGCUGUGUGCAAUCACCCUGAAGCAGUUUUUUUCAAGGUCACUGUUUCUGCUUUAUGGCUGCAGCCGAAGGGGAGGAAGGAAUGGCAUUGUUCUUUGUCUGCUGCAAUCCAAGCUGCGGCCAUCGGUGGAGGGAUUAAUGGAGUUAUACCAGUUACAAUGGAUUAAGCCAUUUGGGAGAGCAAAAGAGACAAAUUGAUGAGCCAAAAGAGGAAAGAAAAGGAUUCUAACAUGGCGCACCUACGCCCGAAACCGGCACACCCACACCCAAUUCCAUAGAAGAUGCAAUACAUGCCUAAUUUUAAGACUUGAGUUAGCUAUCCAAAUGAAAGAAGAUCUUUUGGAAAAUUAUAAAUAAGCCACUAAAUUUAAUCUUAUAAUGCACCCAUUUGCAUGACGCUCCAUGAGAGAAGGCAUGAAAAAAGGCCUAAUUUUAGGAAAAUUUAAUCUUAUACCACACCUAAUUCCAUGCCGAUCCAUGAGAUAAGGCAUGAAAGAAAGAAGGCAUGAGAGAAGGCAUAAGAGAAGACCUAAUUUUAAGAAAUUGGAGCACCCACACCCAAUUCCAUGUCGCUCCAUGAGAGUACACAUGUUUGGACCAGCUCACCCGUGACUCUCUACCACCAAUGACUGGCGAAGAAAUCAAUCUUGGAAUAGAUUAUUGCCUAAUGGAUGUCUUAAUUAUAUACAUAUUUGCAUGAGUAGAAUUACUCUUGGACAUGGUGGAGGCUGCUUCUCUUCAAGUUUAGUAGUCUUUGUCAACCUUAGAGCUCUCUCCAAUGGUUUUCCUUGGAGAAAAUUCCUAAGGUUAUUUACUUGUGAGUUUAGAGAGGUUGUAAGGAGAGAGAGUGCAAUUUUAUGAGAGAGAUAUACGAAAAGCUUGUAUUGAACAGA